UAUGUGAAAACAAUGAUUGUCAGAAUGGAAUUUGUAUGGCGGACCAAUCCAGGAUAAGAGGAUACACGUGUAAAUGUACUAUUGGCUUUGACGGGGAUAAUUGUCAAGUUGAUGUGUGUGACAAUCAUGAUUGUCAGAAUGGGACUUGUGUGGCAGACCAUUCAAAGAUAAGAGGAUACACGUGUAACUGUACCAUUGGCUUUGAUGGAGAUAAUUGUCAAGAUAAAAAACGUUGCGACAAUUGCAUUGAAUACGUGAAAAACAAUAGUUGGAUACUGGCUUUUAAGGCCCAAAGUCAGACAGGAAUUAACCCUGUCGAUGUCUACAAGUCAGUUGGCAUCAGACACGAGGUCAACCGGUCCUAUCCACUGGAAUGUACAGCACUGAAACAGAUUCCUGGUUGCUUUAUGCCAUACAGAACUGGCUUAAUUGAUGAUUGGGAAGAAAUUAAUGUCAAUCGGGUAAAGUUUCAAGUGAUAAUUGAUGACACAAAUACGCAAGAAGUAGUUUUUGAUGGAAGAACAACUGACAAUAUUAACUGGUUCACAGCCUCAAGAAUCCUAAGUUCUACAUGGCAGGAUGUAACAUCCGAUGGACAAUUCAAUUAUUUUACCCUGGAGGGACAUCAAGAAAACUUUGUAAAUCGUCAAUUUUAUAUCUCCCGUGAACAUGCUGGUUGUCCCAAUGACAAGGGAUGGUUCGCUUCUUCUUUUUUUCCAAAGAUUGGAUGUGGCUUUGAUAACAUAGGAGGAAAAUUUCCCGCUUUUGUUGCUUGUCCUAAAGCAACACACUGCGUAAUGGAGUCAGAGGCUGUCAACGCUCAAGCUAUUGCUAUAUGGAUUAAAUUUGACAAUUGAAGGACUGCAAACAUCAGGAC